AUGUCGGACCACGAAGUCUAUGUGUAUAGUGGUCAGCUUGUCGAGAGCAAGGGCGAAAGCACAGCCCACCACUCCGGUGUGCACGGCGACGGUCGUAUUCAUGUCGUCGGCAUGACUGGCACCAUGUCUGCAGAUGGAUCCAUCGUUCAGUUGUGGUUGAUCAACGCGAGUCCCUCUGUUGAUUCUAGGGAGGUCGGACGACGGGAUGUUGGGGAGGCCGCUGGAAGAAACAUACAUCUUUUGGCCACUUCGUCGAAGACGUCUGCCGCGCGUGGCUCGUCAACGCCCCCGAGCAAAGCGCUGUCGCCGAUAUUCAAGAAAUGCAGCACUUUGUCAUCGCCCCAGGCUUCCUCAGCUACGCUGGUGUCGUGA